AUGGAUUACGUCGACGACUUUGAAGAUAACAACCCAUUUGCCAGACCAGAUGAAGAACCGAGAGAUCGGUUUGAGUCUCUAGCAGAAGAAACGCAGGCGCAGGAACACAAUAGUGAGAAUGUUGAACCUGUUGGGGAAGCCAAUGGGGCCGACCAAGACCUAAUAUCGAAAACUGAUUUACGAAAAUUGAUACCAGAAAGAUUUACCAGCAAGUACAGUCUAAAUAUCAAGCUCGUUUCCAUUGAGAGAAAUAAGCCUGAAAAUCCAAUUUUACGAUUGUCUGUUCGUGUGCAUGGACUUCCUAAAUUUAGACAGAGGGAGUACGAUGAUGUCCGCCGUACCUUCAAUGAGGUAGUCAAGUUCAAUAAAUACUUGGCAGUGUCAAACUUGGAAGUAUUUGUGCCAGUGAUACCAAGCUCGACUACGUCAUACCCCACAGGCGGCGAGGAUGAAAAGAAGCAGUUGAUGUUUGUUUGGCAAGAAUGGUUUAACCGAAUUACAUCGAAUCCGAUCCUUAUUCGAGACGAAGAGUUUGUAUUCUUUGUUGAGAAUGAUUUCGGAUACAGUGUCAUAAACAGUAAUAGAAAGUCUUCAGUUGCAAGCGGGUUGAUGAGAAAGACUUUGAAACAAUUACCAGUUCCGUACGAUCCAUUCCAAGAAUUGGCGGAGUUUAGACCAACUAUAAAGAAUGCCUAUUUGUUAUGCCAGAGGUUGCAUCGACUGCUCGACAAAGUUUCUAAAAGUGAAAAGCAGCUAUCAAUACACGUUUACGACAUGUCAAACAAAUUGACUGUAUUGUCGCAAUUUGAAACGACCCAUCCUGGAAUGAAAAAUAUGUGGGAGAAACUAGGAAAGGUUGUUCAAGCUCAGUCCGAUCUUUUGCUUGUGGAAUCUAUAGGCGAAAUGGGUAUCUUGGGCGACGGAAUCCAAUACUUUGUCAAUGAUUUUUAUGAAAUAAAAGAGGCACUUACAAAUCGGUAUUUAAUUAUGCGUGAGUUGCUCCAGGCUGAGGCACAAACCAAUUCAAAACACAUCCACGCCAACAAAAUGAAAAACAAAGCUUCAUUGGACCCCAUAAAAGUGGAUGAAGCUUUGCGAUCCUUAGAAUAUGCUUCCAAAGUGCAAGAGCUGCUAAAUUUACAAGUUAAAAGAAUAUCGGGCGAAAUGUUGUUUGAAAAGGAUGAAGUUGUCGAUUUUGUCGAAAAAAAGUUCAAAAGCUUAUUGAAGGCUUACUCUUUACACAAAAUAGAUUACCAUCGAAAAAUAUUGAAGAAAUUGGAAGCCAUUAGGUUGGACGUUAGAAGCGUUGACGAAAGGGGAGGGUUGUCUCGUCUCAACCGUGACAACUUGGCUAGUAUUAAACACAAUCUAUUACAGUCUCAAGCACCUUCAGGAGAUUCAUGGUCGUCACGAACGUUUAGGUCACUAGAAAAGGAAGAGGAGACAAAACAGCGGACCAAAUCUCAAAUCUCUUCUUUGCAAGCAAACUCUGUAGACGCAAAAAAUGCUGCCAGUUUGUUGGGAGUGGCUACUUUUUAG